UUAGUGAUAUAAUAAACCUUAGUGUUUGAAUAAUUUAAUUACUGAUCAAAAUUUUAAUGGAUAAUCAAUUAGCUUAGAGUUCGUUUAUAUUGUUUGAUUUACUCUUUUUUUGUUUUUUAAUUUUUAUUACUCGCUAAGAUGGUCCAAGAAUACCAAUCGCCGGUGCGAGUUUACAAGUAUCCAUUUGAAAUCGUAAUGGCUGCAUACGAAAGACGAUUUCCGACAUCUCCGUUAAUACCGGUCUUCGUUGGAAGUGAAGUAACAGCCGACGUCACAACAAAUGAUGGUUCAGUUAGAACCACUGAAAGAAGAUGUAAACUCGUUGUAGAAGCUCCAUAUCUAUUAAAAAAGAUUAUCGGCGUAGAUUAUGUAUAUUUUAUUCAGAAAAAUGUGCUAGAUUUGAGGGAACGUUGUUUAAAUAUUGAAGCAACAAAUGAGACAUUUUCAACUCGUGUAAAUGUAUUAGAAAAAUGUCGUUACUAUGUUCAUCCAGAAAACUCAGAAUGGACAUGUUAUGAACAGAGUGCACUAUUAGAUAUAAAAUAUUUUUUGGGUUUUGAGUCAACCAUGGAAAAACUUGGAAUGAAACAAUACAUACAGAAUAUUUCCAAGGGUAAAGAAAUAAUAGAAUUUUAUGUUGAUGAAUUAAAAAAAGAUGGAAUAACUGAUAUUCCGCGUUGGAUACCUACUGGAGGUGAUCAAUCUUGUGACUUGAAUAACCAAGAAGAAAGUCCAAUUGGUUUGAGUAAAGAUAGUCCAACUACUGCAGAUUCCCAGUCUAAAAUAUGGUUAGAAGAUGAGUAUAUUAAAAGAUACAUUGGUGAAUUGACACCAUUACAAGAAUCAAAAUUAGUGCAAUUCAAGAAACAAUUGUCUCAACUACAAAAGUCUAAGUUACCAAGUGAUACUACAUUAUUGCGGUUUUUACGAGCUACCGAUUUCAAUAUUGAAAAAGCUAGAGAAAAUUUAUCCCAAUCACUUAUAUGGCGAAAAAAACAUAAUAUUGACAAUAUAUUAUCAGAGCAUGAGUUUCCUGAUGCUAUCAAAAAAUAUUUUCCUUGUGGUUGGCAUCGCCAUGACAAAGAAGGACGUCCAUUAUAUAUAUUACGUUUAGGUCAAAUGGAUGUGAAAGGUCUUCUUAAAUCAGUUGGUGAAGAUUGUCUUCUUAAACAAGCUAUGCAUGUAUGUGAAGAAGGUUUAAAAUUAACAAAAGAAGCAACUCAUACAUCUGGCAAACCAAUAACAACUUGGGGUUUAUUAGUUGAUUUAGAAGGGUUAAAUAUGAGACAUUUGUGGAGACCUGGUGUUGGAGCAUUGCUAAGAAUUAUUGAAAUUGUAGAGUCUAAUUAUCCAGAGACACUUGGGCAAGUCCUUAUAAUUCGUGCACCAAGAGUAUUUCCAGUUUUGUGGACUUUAGUGAGCACAUUUAUCAAUGAGACAACGCGUCAAAAGUUCCUAUUUUAUGGUGGUAAUGAUUAUCAAUCAUCUGGUGGUCUCAAUGAAUUUCUUACCGAAGAUAAUGUGCCUGAUUUUCUAGGUGGCCCCUGUAAAGUUAAAAUUCCUGAAGGUGGUUUUGUGCCCAAAAAUUUGUAUCUAAAAGAAGGAGAGUUAGAAAAAGAAGCAUGUACGAUUACUGAAGAUAGUAUAUAUCAGUCUGUUACACUGACUAAAGGACAGGCUCACGAAGUUUUUAUUGAUGUUGAGGAAUCUAGUUCAGUAAUAACAUGGGAUUUUGAUGUUAUGAGACAAGAUAUUAAUUUUAAUGUAUUAAGAUUACUAAUUGAAAUUCAGCCAUCAACUCUUCUCAGUUGCGCUAGAGGUAAUCUAAAUGUUAUAGAAAAGGGAUGGAAAGAAGGAGAACAUUAUGAAAAAGUGGAACAGACCAUAUUAUGUCAUGAUGGUGAGAGCGUUCAAGGAUCUCAUCUUACCACUAAACGUGGAACAUAUGUAUUACAAUGGUACUGGUCGUCAGAUAGCUUGAAUAUUAGCUCAGGACAUCACACUAAAGCUAAAAUUAUGUAUUAUUAUGAAAUGCUGAAAUCUGCUGAUUAUCGGGGUUCAAUGUCAAGUUUGAUGUCAGCUAAUAGUAAAUUUUCUUCUCUUAGUAAUAGAUAAUUAAAUAACCCUGUAUUUUGUUUAAUAUGCAAUUUUAAUCGUUAUAUCUAUGUAAUUAAGAGUUUAAGACCAUACUUUAGAAAAAUGAUUCAUUGAAUGGGAUAUUUGGUGUGUACAAAAUUAAUGAAUAUCCUCUUACUGUCUUUUAGUUUUUGUAAUUACCUAAGGUUUUUAAAUUAAACUUUUUCAUAUUUAUUAGUUUUUUAAUUUUGAAUUACAUUCUUUGUUACAUUUACCAAGUUGUUAUGAGUUCAUAAAUUCAAUUUUUAACCUGUAAAUACUUGGGGGCAAAAUUAUAAAUCAUCAAUAUUUAGAAAUAUUCAAAUACCCUUAAUAAUUAAUUUUAAAUAUUAAUUUAAUUUUUCAUAACACAUAAAAAUCUAUUGGAUUUAUUAAGAGAAAUUUGUUAUUUUUAGCAUGGUCCUAUGGAUGUUUUAAUUGCCUAAUAUAAUCGUUAUGUUCGUAUUUAACUAUAUAACUAUUUGUUAAUAUCAUCACAUAGUAUAUAUUAAGUUUAGAUUUUGUUAUUUUUUUAGUAACUUUUUUGGUAUGUUAUGAUCUGAUAAUUAUUUGAACAUUUAAUGUACUAUCUUUAUGUUUCCUAAAAUAUCAACUUUUUCAGUUGGCUGUUUUAGUUAAUUUUUCUUCUAUUUUGAUUAUUAUUUGUUGAUUUUGUU